GUUUUAGAUCCCUUACUUUAGAGUAAUUACUUUAUGGUUGCACAUUUUUUAUACCUCCAACGUUGCGGCCCUUGACGUUUUAAUGCGUUCCUGAUUUCAAGAUUUGACUGAGUCAAUAUGAGCGAGGACUGGGUUGACGAUCCGCCUUCAGAGUUUCAUCCUGUUGAAGGUGGCACUAGGUUUUACUGGACCAAUUUACGGUAAUAAGUCGAAGGAUACUGAUGUUUCCAAUACAAGGAACGUCAGUACUACACGAUCAGGAAAAUCACACCAAACUUCAGAUGACAAAUGGGGAAGUGGCGACAAUAAUAAUAAUAAUGGAAAUAGAGGAAAUGUUGAAAGUAAUAGUAACGGUAGAGACUUUAGAGAUGUCAAAUGGGAAAGUGGCGAUAAUAAUUAUGAUAAUAAAGGAUAUAGAUGAAAUGUUGAAUGGGGUACGAGUAUCAAAGACAGAAGAGUUGGAAGAGGACGAGGAUUUGGUCGAGAUGUUGACAGUCAUCACAAACCUAACAACAUUAACAAUAGAUGGGGAGAAAAUCACCAAGAAGGCGCAAUAGGCGAUAGAGGAGAUAACAAGUGGGAAACUGGCGACGGCAAUAAUGAAAACAAGGAAAACAUUGAAUAGGGAAACAGUGGCAAUGGCAGAGGAAAUAAAUAAAAUUAUUACAUUAUUUAAAACAAAUUUUAUAAAUUAAGUUGUUUUUAUAGACCGAAGAGGCCGUAGUUAUAGUCGAGGUGGUGGCAACAGAUUUAAUAAUGAUGAAACGUGGGUUGAAAAUGGCGAGGAAGGCUCAAAAGGCAGAAGAGGAGGUGACAUGUGGUAAAAUGGCGACAAUAAUAAUAAAGGAAAGGGAGGAAAUGUUGAAAGGAAUGGCAGCGGUACAGACAGAAGAGGAAGAGGACGAUGUUUUGGUCGAGAUGUUGACAGUCGCCACAAAUUUAAUAACAGUAACAAAGGAUGGGGAGAAAAUGACCAAGAAGGCGAAAGAGGCGAAAGAGAAGAUGACAACUGGGAAAGUGGAGACAACUAUAAGAGAAAUAGGGAUACCACUGAAUACCGAAGGGGCCGUGGUUAUAGUCGAGGCGGUGGCAACAGAUUUAAUAAUGAUGAAACGUGCGUUGAAAAUGGCGAGGAAGGCGCAGGAGGCAGUACAGGAGGUCGCAACAAUCAAACCCGAAGUGGCAGCGGAGUGGACGACAGCUGGGGUGGAAGAAGCGACGGUGCUUGGGGUGAAGACGAUAAGGGAAGGCGUUGUCGCAACAUGGGCGACUCCAACAGAAGAGGUCGCACUGAUAUUGACACAAACGAUACCGGUCCGGAGAAACCGCGGGAGAUUUACGUGCCCCUGGAAGGGGUCGGAGAGGAUGAUCUCUUCACAACCACCAUUACUUCGGGUGUGAAUUUUAUUAAACUGACUGACGUUGAAGUAAAUGUGUCGGCACAGAACGUGCCCAGGCCGAUUGCUUCAUUUGAAGCAUCCCAACUUAGACAACUGUUAUGUGAUAAUGUGAAAA